AUGACUGAUGUAUAUGUCCCACCAAGAAGUACAGUACUGUUAGUGGUCGAAUCCGUGGCGUCCAUAGCGCUUGUUAUCCUUGCGAUAAUUGGCAACUUUCUCAUCCUUGCUGCACUUUAUCGUAACCCGCAUCUUCGCAACUCUACAAAUAUUUACAUCGCGGCACUAGCGGUCACCGAUCUCUUGAAUGCUUGUAUCCCUGGAACUCUGUUUGCCAGCACCAUGGUCAUGGGAAGAUUUACGUUCAGUUUAACCGCAUGUCGCCUUAGCGGCUUCCUCGUGCACUUUCUGACUUAUGUCUCCAUGGCGACGAUGACGUUAACCGCAGUGAACAGGUAUUCUUUAGAUAGUCUGUAGCAGUGAGGGCGAAGGAUCGUGGGAUAGGUUUGAGAGAACAGUUCAACUGAGUUAUCUUAGGGUCACACUUCUCCCCGAACGUUGAGUUUACAUUCAGUAAAGUUGUGCCUAGAGACACACCUAACAGUUAAAAAUAUAUCUGUGCUCUGAGACGAGUGGGUGAGGCCGUUCUCGAAAGACUUAAUUUCCAUCAAACGACCACACAAUCAGAUUUUCCAGCCCUGUUCAAAAGAAGGCAUAAAAAAUCCCACCCCUAAUUCAGUAGCUAUGAGCCUGACCAGUUUUUAAAGUUAAUUGUCCUGACCGCAACAGUUUUUAGAGUUUAAACAGCAGACGUUUAGAGAGGGCUAACCCUUAACUCUGACGAAAGGAUAUGCUAUUUUGUACCAAUGUGAUCUCUAUACUCGGUCUCUGCCCUAUCUCAGACUGAAGAUAGAAUUGAACGCCCGUUGCUACCCUUCACGACGGCAUAUAGCUAUAAAGCCCUUAUAGGACAGUACCCCAACCCACAGGUGAAAUCACUAACAACUCUUCAUUUGUUUCAGGUACGUUCGAGUUGUCAAGCCGCAACAUUAUAAGAAAAUGUUCAACCACAGACAUUCCUUGCUUAUGCUGGGUGGUCUGUGGCUUCUUAUCGCAUUGUUGAGUCUGUCUCCUAAAGUCGUUGGUGUUGGAGAAUUCAACUUCGAUCCUGCCAAGUCGAUUUGCGCCUAUACUUUUAAAAGCCAAGGGGUGGAGAUAGGCCUUACGCUAGUUAUCGUGUUAAUUCUAGUGAUCUUUUGCUUGUCGCUUGUAUGCUUUUGUUAUUACCAUGUUUCCAAAACGAUCCGUGAACAUAACGCCGGGAUUUUAACGUCUUUGAGUGAUGUGAGUGUUCAAGAGAUUAAUCUGUCCAAAGUACUAUUCAUUUUGGUGUUUGCUUUCGCCCUUUGCUGGCUCCCACCCUUUGGUCUCAUCUUUAUCAUUAGGGUCAUCCGAAAGAAGAUCCCUCACGCAUUAGGUGUUAUGGUGCCUUUCCUUUUCCAAAUGUCUAGCGCUGUGAACCCCUUCAUAUAUGGUGCCUUGAGUCCACCCUUUAAACGUGCGUUUCGCCGUCUUUUGACGUUGCGCGGUGCACAUCGCAAUGCGCAUGCACCAAAGAAUGCUGUAGCCCCGAAACCUCUUGAAGCAGUCAAAAGCGGAUGA